ACAUUUAGAAGUGACCCUUUCUUUGGCCUCAUGGUUGCCUCAAAUGCUUCCGAGUUUCGGGUCUUAAAAUAACAAAGUAGUGUUCCAUGAGUGCUGAUAUUUUAAUACCCUACUAUUAACUACAACUUCAGCAUCAAUAAACUCCUGAUUUACUGCUUAUUAAUAGUUAUUAAGGUAGUUGUUAAGUUUAUGUAUUGGGUAGGGUUAAGAGAUCUAAAAUAUAGUUAUGUAGAAUAAGGCAUUAAUAUGUGCUUUAAGUAUGUAUAAACAGACUAUGCUAGUAAAAUUCUUGCUAGUUAAUAGUAAGAAUUGGUCCUUAAAUUAAAGUGUUACCAACACCAAUCUAUCGAGUUUAUUGUUCAGAUACAUUAAUUGUGAAGUAACAAAGGAGAGUAAUCGCCGAACAGCCACUAACAAAAAAGAAGCUUUAUACACUUAAUAUAACAGAAGUCCAAAGUAAGUCCUAUGGUUUUUAAUAAAGCCAAAACUGUUACUGUGUAUAUUUAUAUUCAAAAUCCUUUGCCCACUAACAUAUGUGUUUGUAAUGUUACAAUCUUAUGCAAUUCUCUAUUAAAGAAAAUUGGCCUUUCCCUCGCAUUAGAAACUAGCUUUUCCCUAGCAAACACCAGGAACACUUUAAUAACCAUACUUCAACCUUUAUACUUAAAACCUCCAAAUUUUAAAUCGGUACACAUGCACAUCACUCAUUGGAACAUAUUUUGAGAGUAAUAUCAUGAAUUAAAGCAGGACAUGAAAACGGGGACAUAAUGGAAAAGAUAUUUGUAUUCUGAAGAAUAACAUAAAGAUCUGGAUACACAGAAUGAUUGAGGGAUGUAGUGAAUGAAAGGAGCAAGAUGGUGUGUGGAGGUCUGAGACAGGUUCUGAAUCCUUUUCCCUGCGGAUUUGAAGACGUCCUGUUUUACUUUUCCUUUCCUGCAGGAAGCUACUCCACACUGUGUGCAAAGACCAGACACACAAACACACACACACACACACACAGACACACACCAUUUCAAUCGCAUGUACAAAUAAAUAAGAACUCUUAUAAGAUGUACAACUAUAACACACUUCACAAAUACAUUUUUCUCAUUCACUUCCACAUGCUCAAAUUAAGUAGUGCUUUCUGUCACACUGUUACUACAUCUCCAGUGCUUCAGUGCUAUGAAUGUUAAUCUGUAUUAUGUCAGUGUCAAUUUUUUUACACCUUUACUGCAUCACAACCAUUAUAGGCACCCUUUUGUGUGUCAAGAUCCAAAGCGAGACACUUUUAGCAGAGGGAAAGCUACAUUAAUUAUUAAGAUGAAAAAUGAAUGCAUGUUGAGUAAGGGAGAUGAGGAGAUGAAGCAAACAGUAAAAAGUCAAACAGCUGUGUGACACGGUUGCAGUGUCAUGGCUGCAUUAACGUCUCUUGUUGUCAUGGAGACAUGAUGCGAUAAGAUCUCCCACAAUUCAUAGCCACCCACAUGUAGGCUUUUGUACUGUCAAGAACGUUCACUGGUAGCUUGGCAACUGCAGGGCAUGGGGGUGUCAGGUAAAGACUGUGCCAUCAUACAAACACCUUGUUCACCUGAGUUAAACCUACACAUUUUUGGUCCAUUAACUUUGAGGAUUUAAACAUGUCAGCUGUGAAACUGUCAUUUUCUCAUCAUGCUUAUAAAUGCAUUUAUGUUAAACGUCACUUAGUACAUUUAUUUUGUAUCAAUGUUUAUUUUAAUGUGCAACAUUAUUCUGAUUUUACAUUUUUUGUAGACUUAUCACACAUGCACACAAACAGAGACUUGUUCAUCUCUGUGUGUGUGUGUGUGUGUGUGUGUUCCUUUGAUGAUGUCCACCUGUCUCAGUAGGAACAGAAGAACAUCCCUCCCUCUAAUCCCUCUUUCCGUUCCUCAAUUUUCACAUCUCUGCAUGAACAUGCACUCAAAGAAGAAAAUUUGCUUUGUAUGUAAGGACAUCACCAGCUUGCAAAUGUCAGCUUUGCUACAUAAAGACUGAGCUCAGUUAACAGGUUUUUGAUAAGACAAUAUUAAAUGUAUGUCCAGACUUUUAUACAUUUGAAACAAUGAUUGAACUGUUUAAAAAAAUAAAUAAAUAAAUAAACGAGUCCUUCCUUACAUUCACUUUACACUUGCAUUAGCGUAAGGACAUUUAUUGUCCUUAUUUGCCAAAAAUCUAAUUAACGGCAUAAAUAUACCUGCAUAAAAUUUCUAAUUAAUGGCAUAACCUGCAUAAACAUAGGUGUGUCUCUAUGGUUUGACUAUAGUUGUGAGGCCCAAAAUAUCGUUCCUUUUCAAAAACGUCCUCACUAACACCUGACAAGUGACCCACACCUUACUAAAAAAAAAUUAAAGUGCGUAUCGGCCACUUCAUGUUUGCAAAUGAAAUCUUGUUUGGUUUCUGCGAGGGUUAUGUUUAGGGGUAGAGGUUGGGUUAAGCAAUAGACAUAGGUGUGUCUCUAUGGUUUGACUAUAGUUGUGAGGCCCAAAAUAUCGUUCCUUUUCAAAAAAGUCCUCACUAACACCUGACAAGUGACCCAGACCUUACUAAAAAAAAUUAAAGGACGUAUCGGCCACUUCAUGGUUGCAAAUUAUAUAUUUUUUGGUUUCUGCGAGGGUUAUGUUUAGGGGUAGAGGUUGGGUUAAGCAAUAGAAAAGAUUAUUAACCUGAUACAAAAACAAUGAAAGUCUAUGAAAUCCUCAUAAUAUAGUGAAACAGACGUGUACAUGCUUCCCGCACGCCCAAACAACUGACCUCAUGUUUCAACCCGAUUUCAGAAAGUGCGGGCAACGGGAAUUUCUGUCUUUCAGAGUAUAUACUUAAGCACGCACUACAAACUUCUGCAUUCUACAUUUCUCUCCUUUUCUACUUCUCCUCCCUCUUCCUUCCUUCCCUCUCCACACACACUCGCUAUUCUUUUCCUCACUGAGCCUGUGACAAACGAUGGAUCUUGUUCACACCUGAAAGAGCAUUUUUAUUGCUAUCUUUCAAAAUCUUUGGCUCGUGGUGAGGGCUAACAACGCCUGGUCUGCGUGCGCAAUGAUGGCCACCUACCCAGGCCCCGAAGAUAACAGCAUGAUACUCAUGGACACUACCUCGAGCUCAGCGGAGAAAGACCGAACGAAAGAGGAAACUCCUCCCGAGAGGGGACCGGACAAAUCCGACCCGACUCAGAAACCACCGUACUCCUACGUGGCGUUAAUCGCGAUGGCAAUUCGCGAGAGCUCAGAGAAGCGUCUCACGCUGUCUGGCAUCUACCAGUACAUCAUCAGUAAGUUUCCUUUCUACGAGAAGAACAAAAAAGGAUGGCAGAACAGCAUCCGACACAACCUGUCACUCAACGAAUGCUUCAUCAAGGUGCCUCGGGAGGGCGGCGGUGAGCGAAAGGGCAACUACUGGACCCUGGACCCGGCAUGCGAGGAUAUGUUCGAAAAGGGCAACUACCGGCGAAGGCGACGCAUGAAGAGACCGUUCAGGCCUCCACCGACCCAUUUCCAGCCUGGCAAAUCUCUCUUCGGCGGUGACGGGUACGGUUACCUCUCCCCGCCCAAAUACCUGCAGUCAGGCUUUAUCAAUAACUCAUGGUCUCCUGCGCCUAUGCCAUAUACCUCCUGUCAGAUAAGCAGUGGGAACGUAAGUCCCGUUAACGUGAAAGGUUUGACCGCGCCGUCCUCGUACAAUCCGUACUCGCGCGUGCAGAGCACAGGUCUCCCGGGCAUGGUGAAUACUUACAACGGCAUGAGCCACCAUCAUCUCCACCACCAUCACACGCACCCUCACGCGCUCCCGCACGCUCAGCAGUUGAGUCCCGCCACGGCUGCACCCCCUCCGGUGUCCACCGGUAACGGGACAGGGCUGCAGUUUGCUUGCUCGCGCCAACCCGCAGAACUCUCCAUGAUGCAUUGCUCGUACUGGGACCACGAGAGCAAACACUCCGCACUACACGCGCGGAUUGAUAUAUAGCUCGGGCGUCAAGAGGCCAAAGACAGAUCAACAUACUCGCUAAAGGACAAUAAAAACAAGGUCCAUCGAUUUCAAAAAAACGCAUAAAGACAUUUCAUACGUUUCUGCUGAUUUAAGACUGAUAAGAAGGAAAAACUUUUACUGGAGCCUCAAAUUGUGGAAUCAUGUCAAAUAGCCUGCCUGAUGCAGGGACUAAAGAUCACUUUUUUUCACAGGAGACUCCUUGACAUUUAUGUUCUGAAUGUGUAUAAACUGUUUCAAUCAGAUGAGAGAGGAUGGCCGGCAGAUUGAAGGUAUAAUCAUCAUGGAAUUACAAUUCAUGUUUACCUGAAUCCAUUCUGUCAGUGCCUCUGGAGUGAAGUAUUGGGUUCUGAACCCUUUUCUAAUUUUUUUUUCCUUUUUGCUUUUGAAUGUUUAAGGAUACAGUGGAGCUCUGGGCAGGUACACAAACGUAUACACCUGUGUUUUGGCCUCUUGUUUCAGUGUUUAAGGGUCUCAUAUAGGGGUCAGGGCACGUGACUGCCAGUUUGGAUUUUUGUACUUUGUAAAAAAAAAAAAAAAAGAAAAAAAAAAAUUAAAUAAUUUUAAUGCAUAUGACACAUUGGGGCCAUGUUUAACUAGCACUUUCCAAUCGUUUUUUCUCCUUUUUAAUAGGUCUAGUUUUUAUUCUUUAAUAAAAACAUUGUGAACUUAACACUGGUUUGGGAUUUUAUAAUUUAUAUGGCAUAAUUCAGCGAUUAUUAUUAUUAUUAUAUAAUACGAUUUUCUUUUUCGGAGUACUGCAACUAUUCAGUAAACUACAGCUGUGGCCUAAUUAUUUAUUUAUUGUAGUAACCUAUUUUAUGUUUAUACAGGCGUGUAAUUUAGAGUUUAAUACUUAUGUGAGAGAUAAGUUUCUGUAAGAAUGAAUUUCCAAAUAGAACUAUAAAAAAAUUCUCUGCCGCACGAAGUUGUUGGUAUAAUAUAAGCUAUUCGUAAUUCUAAAGCCCAUAAAACGAGUGCGAGUACGUGAAACAAAAUGCAGCCUGCAGAUGAGGAAAAAUUGCGUAAUCUGCUGGGACAAAUUAUUUUGCUGAAGUUGUAAAUAUUUAGCCCUGUCGAAUCCAUGUCAUGCACUACACAAAUGGCAAAAUAUUGUUGUGAUUAUAUUAUUCAAAACUAUUGACGCAUGUGUCAAUAAUUAAUAUUUUUAACAGAUUUUAACCAAACGGGUUUAACUCCAUAUAUGUAUAGUUUCGCAUUUUGUCACUUUUUAUGUCGUGUGUAUGAAACACAUUUCAUGUAUAUACUAGAAGUACACGAUUGCUGUAAUAUAUAAUGCAACUUUAUGUCUUUGCAUUUCUUAAGUGAAUAUGCUCAUCUGAAAAACUUGUCAAAACGACGAUAUUCGAAACUGAUUACAAUUAUUACCGAAGCCCCAUAAUACUACUAGUUAAAUAAAAUGCAUGUUUUUGAAUGCGUAAAUGCAUGCAUUUAAUUUUACAUAACAUAAACAAAAUUCUGCGCAAACAAAAUAACUAAUAGAUUUUACAUACAUAUAUUUUUUAAAAUGUUCUUAAAGAUUAAUUGAUUGAAAUUAUUAUAAAGUGUUAACCGACUUCCUCUGUUCGCGAAACCUAAGGCUGGAACUGACUCCGUCAUUCUGUGUUUUUCGAAAACAUGUUUUGUCAUGUAGGCUACUAACGUUAAGUAAACAGUGUUUUAAAGUCCCCGGUUUAAAUAAAAUGCAUUAUGUUUUCUUACUGUAUCCGUUAAGUUAAUGAUUAAGGCCAAACUCAAUUUUAGAUUGGAUAAGACUUUUUGGACUGCACGAAUAUGGGCAUAUACAUUAAAGAACUCCUACAUAGACAAUUCACUUCACUUUUAACAACAAGAACAACAACAACAACAACAGUUGAAGACGAAAAACAAUAACUAUUAUAUUGAGAAGGUGAUACACAAUGUUGUUCGUUGUUUGAAUAUAUCCUAUAAUGACUGUUUAUAGCUUUCAUGUCUCCUCACCCUCAUCUGCCAGCCACUACAGUCAUUUUCAGGUGCCAGGUGUGUAUCACAUAAUACGCCCGCAUGCAGGAUGCUCAGGGCCAGUGGGAGUAAAGGUGGGCCCCCUUUUAAAAGUAUCUAAAUAGGCUAUUUUGUGUGUCCCCAAAAAGCGCAUCGUGGAAUGUUGUCACAAAAGAACUUUGCGCCUCCUUAAACUUUUUUGACGGAGUUGAUCACAGGUGUAUCCUCAAAAGAGUUCAUCUACAGGACAAAGAUCAUAUAUAAUAAAUUCAACAUACAUUUAUUUCAGUUAGUUGAGAAUAAUAUAAUCUACAGUGGUCUUUACUAUAUUUGCAAUAUUUUAGAAACCAAUUGUUAUCCAUUUAUAUUAGUAAUAUAGUAGCCUACUAAUUAUAUAACAACAACUUGAGUGUCGCCGUCUGUUAACGAAGUGCUGAAUUGUCAUUCGAUUGUCAGUCAACUUUAUUGGGGCUUAUACUUUUUUGCUUAACGUUAUAAAUAUUAAUUUAAAAAUGUUAUUUUUAUAUUUUUAUAUAUUCAACCAACUGUUUAACAUAAAUAGGCUUAAAUAUAAAUAUAUUGGGAUUAUUUUUGUUCAGAUCAUAGGCCUAGUUUACUUUUACACAAUUAUGCUACUGCUUGGUUGAUAUCUACGUUUUGCGAAAAGCCGUAAGCCUAAGCAAAUAGAUUCGAAUCUUAGAGUUAAAGGCCGUUUCUCAAAAGCAACGUUACAAAAGAAAUCUAUAUAGUAACCUAUAAGUUCUGGAGUAAAAAGCUAAAGUGCAUCCUAAGGACACGGACACGUGCAGCCACCUGCUGGAUAACUACUAAAUUACACAUGUCAAAGUUAGAAAACAUUCAGUAAUUUUGCAUUUACGUUUAUUUAAACCAAUAAAUGAAAUUAAUUAAUAAAAAUAAAUUCAAAAAUGAAUUUACACUGUGUACCCAUUUGUGUGGACAAAUUUACAAACCAACUUUAUACAUAAAAUUCAUUGGGAGUGUCAAUGGUUAAGGGUAAAAUAUUUUGCACUCUGCAGUCCGAUGGAAAAAAAAAACAAAAACAAAUAAAAAAAAAUAACAAACGGGGGAAACAUGAACUUCGACAAAGCAGGCCUAAUUGUGUAGGCUAAUAUAUAGUUAAGCACAAACUGAUUAAUAGCCUAAUUGAUAUCUAAUAAAAAAAGAAAACUUUAAACUUUUCCUACCAAGUGAAUUACAAAUACGCCUAUUUAAUGUUAUACAUUUAUACAAAAAGUCGCGUGAUUACCAUUUUAGAACAGAGAGCUACAGCCAACAACUUUUGCCUUACCUAGCAUUUUCAUUCCCUACGAAUUUCAGUUGCAUACAAACAAUGCUGCUACUUUGUAGAAACUAUCAGCUCAAACUAUUGUAUUUUAUUUAUUAAUUAAUGUAUCCACUCUAACGUUAAAUUAAUAUUAAGUGAAAGUAAAUAAGAAGAAAUUUAGUUGUGUUAGAUCAUGGGCUGAAUGAGGCUGCUUCCUCACGUGUUCACUGUAGCAGAAUGAGUGGAAGUAAUAAAGCGUUGCUAAUAUAUUUUUUCUAUGGGAGAUGAGCGACACACUCACGUUGGUGGAGCAGAAUUGGAUUGCUAAAGCAGGGCGGGCGGUAACGGCGUUUUUCGGGAAAAAAGGCAAACAAAAAGUAGUAGAUUUCAUAUUAAUUUUUGGAUGUUUUCAUUGUGACUAAACUGGCUGGGUCAACAAAAGUGUAAUAAAUUGUCUGUUG